AUGGCAAAGGAGGAGGCAACGCUUAGGUGCGCUCACUGCCAUGCAGCUUGUGAAACGCCUCAAGUUGUACCCUGUGGAGAUAUCGUUUGCAGUCAACACUUUCCUUCCAUUACUCGUGAGCAACUAUGCUCCAUCUGCAAAAAUAACUUCGAUUCUGAACAAGCACUUCCCAUUUGCCUACUAAAAGAUCUUGAAGAAUCGUUACAACCUGGGAGUGAAGUCUCAUCCGACACAAAGAAUAUUUGGUUUGGAAUGGGGGCAAAGCGUGGGCGGGAACGGUAUUCCUCACCGCCGUGUGAUGGCUGGCUAUUCUGUGGUCAUGAGGUUUGCUAUCUCAACCACCAAAAAUCGAUGGGUCUGAAACGCGGACGGCAAGAAACAUUAGCCAAACCGAAUGGAGAUUAA